AUGACAACCGCUUGCCACGUCAUCAUCCAAGGCCGCCCGAAUGAUGACCCACUAGGCCCCACUGGCGCAGUCGGGCUCAUUCAAGAUGGGACAUCUACUAUUCUAGUAGACGCUGGUGAUCCAUGGAAUGGGUCUGAAAUUGUUGGAAAACUAAAAGAGCACCAGGUGGCACCGUGCCAAGUGACACAUGUUCUAGUCACACAUGGUCACUUGGAUCAUUGUGCUAACCUAGGGCUGUUUCCGGAAGCCACGGUGAUCAUGGAUUGGGAUAUUGGAAAGAGGGGAAACGAGAGAGCAGAAUACAGUGUGAUUCCAGGAUGGCCGUAUAGGGUAUCAGAAAAGUGUGAGAUUUUGAAUCUCUCCGGCCACACCGCUUCCGAUACCAUCGCUAUCGUUCAAGAGAAAAAUCGACUUGUUGUUUACUCCGGAGACCUGAUAGAAGAUUCUCAGGAUCUUCAGAAGUUUGAAGAUUUCUUGCCAUUAGAUGAAGACGAAUAUGAAGAUCUAAUUUUAUCCCAAGAGAUUAUAUUUGGGUCUGGAGAUGUUAUAGUUCCAGGUCACGGAGAAUCGUUUAAGAAUCCGGAUCGAUACCUUUUUCUUUUUCUUUCUUUCUGGCGGCGUUUUAUGUUGCUCUGA